CGGGCCGGGCGGAGGGGCCGCCCCGCCUCUUAGUCGGCGGCAGCUGCUGCUGCGGGGCCGCCGCCGUGGGCAGCAGCCAUGCCGCGCUCGCUGAAGGAGGAGACGGCGCUGCUGCUGGAGGAUUACUUCCAGCACCGCGCCGGCAGCGCCGCGCUGCCCUGCAGCCCCACGGCGGGCACGCUGCGGCGGGCGGCGGCCGAGCUGGAGCGGCAGGAACGGCCCUUCUUCCGCUCCUGCGCGCCGCUGGCGCGGGCCGAGCCGCGGGAGGCGGCCGCGCUGCUGGGCAGGGUGGCGGCGCAGAUGGAGGCCGACGGCGGCCUCAACUGGGGCCGGCUGCUGGCGCUCGUGGUGUUCGCCGGCACGCUGGCGGCCGCGCUGGCCGAGCGGGGCUGCAGCGACGGGCCGCGCUGCCUGGCCGCUCACCUGGCCGCCUACCUGGCCGAGGAGCGCGGCGAGUGGCUGGAGGAGCACGGCGGAUGGGAUGGCUUCUGUCGGUUCUUCGGCCGGCCGGGCUCGGAGGGGGCCGAGCAGAGCAGCACCAUCGGCAACGCCAUGGUGGCGGCGGCGGCGGCGGCGGGCAUCGGCGUGGCGGGGCUGGCCUUCCUCCUGGUGCGGUAGGCCCACGGACACAGCUUGCCCAGGGAAAGUACUCUCAAAACUGACAGUUUACCAGAUUUCACUUUAUUUUCUAUAGAACAGACCCUCUAAGAAGAAGUCUAUAUUUUUAAACUGGCUCAGAAAACUGCCUCACCAAAUCCUUGGCUAUAAACUGCUUCACUCACUGCCCAAUGACGGCACAGACCGAGCACUAUUAGAGCACUACUUGUGCAUGUUCAAAACCCUUUGUCUCCAAACAUCCUCUGGACUUUCUUUUUUGAAGAUGUAACCUAAACUUUAGCAUGGUUCAUUGUACUGUAACUUCUGAGUGCUUGGUGUUAUGCUAGGAAAACAUUAUGGUGAGCUUGCUACUAAACCCUCUGUUGAAGACGUCUCAUUUACAUGGAGGCAAGUUUGGAACACAUGUUCAUUAAUGCUGUAAAGUGGGCAAACCUUGACUGUGACCUAACGUGGCUUAUGGCUUCCAACGUGGUGCACAGCACUUGUAAUCAAAAGGCAACUCAUUUGUUGAUUUAGGGCAGUUAGUGCCUGUGAUGCUAGAGGCAUUAGGGCUUAAUGUAACAUAAGGCUGAAUUCAUUACACUACAAGAAGGUAAGUAUUGAUACAGGAUGGUAAUGGCUGCAGUACUGGUUCCUACUGAAAGGAAAAGAAUUUAAAUAUUAAACCUUAAUUGGUAUAUUGAAAUCCAGUGAAGGCUGGAAUUUCUCUGGAUUUCCCUUACAAAGUGAGAAUUUCCAUAUAUCUUAAUAUAUUUUUGAAGUAUUUAUCACUGUAUAAUACUUGUAGCCAUGACAUCUUUAUUUUUGUUUAAAACUUAAUGCUGGCUCUUGUCACUCUAGUGUGUAUCAAGCGUUGUCUUGUUUUAGUAAUAUUUCACUCUGUUUUCAAAGUGCUGUGUAUUUCUUUCAAUGGUUGUACAAAUUGCCUUAUGUUUCUGGUAGCUUUUGAAAUGUUCCUGGGUUACUCACGUGUACAGUUUUACUAUGGUGACUUCAAAGGUGAAUAAAUGUUAAGUAUUUUUAUUUUAAAAAACCUUUCUGAUUAUUAGGUGUGAUGGGUGCUGGUGCUCAGACAGUGAGUGUUUGGUGGUUAUCUGGAUGCAUCAGUUUAUAUUCACUAUUUUGCUGGUGCUUUGACCUGAGACAAGAACUUGUGGAGCACCAGAGCAGUCCUGCAGUCCAAACUGGAGCUGACACAGCCUGGGUGGAAAAUCCUGUCCAAAAGGUCCAUCUUCAGCAUCUGGAUUGGAAGCAGCCUGGUGGUUUUGUUGGCCAAAGUUUACUAACAUAGUGCUUUCUGUACCUGACUCCAGCUGGGUUGUCCUUGCCAGGACAAAAUGCUGUGUGGAGAGAGCAGUCAUGGCUGGGAAAUCACUUGCUUUCUGGUUUAAAAGGUAUCAGUGUAACUCCUUCUUAAAUGCUGCCAUUAUUAGGAACACUUUUAAAUGUUAUCUUCAAUUAUCCUGUCACUAACUGAAGUUUUUAAAUGAGAGCAGAGUUAAAAAUAAAAACAUAAAAUCCUGAUUUACUUGAAGGCAAGUGCAGGAAGUCUAAAAAUCAACUCUCUGCUGAACUAAGGAGAUAAUUUUGUUGGAUUUUUUCUCUGCCUGGGCUUGGUCUAUUUGUUUAAUUCAAAUGAGAGGUGGAAGAGAGGACCUGGCUUUCUUUGUCCAAGUCUCUUUUCAAGCAAGCUGUGUCUUUCUGCCCAGCCUGUGGUAAGUUCCUAGCACUACAGCCUGGAACUGAUAGCUGCCCGUUGGCAGGCUCAUGGUUUCUGGAUGUUCACCCAAGCUGGUGUGCUGCACAUUUAUUUCAGUUAAGAAUUAAACCUGUUAAAAUGAGUGCUUAGAUUCAGCUGGGGCCACAGUGGCCAUGGGGAUGAGUGAAACUGUGGAGGUCUGUAGUGAGACUGCAGUGCAGGGCAUUGGAAAGCUGUGUGCAGAGCCACUGUAGGCACUGCAGAAACUUAGUGCUUUCUGCAUUUAAUCCCUUUAAUGAUUCUGACCUGUGACUACAGUUCACUUGAGGAAGUUCUUGUGUUUGACCCAACCUGCUCUUUUGUUUGUCUGAACAGCUCAGCACAUGGUGAGCAACAGCAGGAACCCCACGCCCUGCUUACAGCAUCUGGUGCUGUCUUUUUUUGUUAUCAAAUGUGGCUGAUACCUUUGAGAAGCUGUGUGGGGAAGGGUGGCCUGCUUCAGCCUAAGCACAGGGGAGAUUUCUGUGCUGCAUUGCACCUUGGGGGGACUGGACAUGGCAGCUGGAGCUCUGCAGCCUGACACCAAAGCCAGGAGUUCUUGCUGGCACUUUCAAUUUGCAAUGCAUAAUAGCAAAAGGGCAAAACCACUUGACUUCAUCAAAGGCUGGGGAGGGAGCACUGUUUGUAGUGUGCUACCUAAUGGCUGGUUGACUUCUUCCUUGGAGCUGUUAUUGUCUUCAGGAGAAUCCCAGGCUGUUGUAAUUCAUUUUGAAACAUUAAUUAUGAAGCUUUAUGAUGAGCUCAUUGGGAACUCCUAAAAUACAGCAGAGCCAUGUGGCUCAGGUGAGGAGUUGGUGCAGGGCAGACAGUGGAAACUCCUCUCUCUCUCUCUGGGAACUGCCAGCAAAAGCUCUCAUCACCCAACCUGCUGGCACACAGGCUGGCUGGACAUGACUGCUUUGAGCCCCCACCAGCCAGGGGCUCUCCCUCUCUCCUUAGGCAGAGGAUGUGCUCCCAGAGCUCCCAGCUCUGCCUGCUGGAAGCAUGGCCCUGCUGGGGUGCACCCAGUGCUGUGCUGCCUCUGGGUGCCCGGCACAAGCCCAUGAAGGAGUGGCCACAAGGUGCUGAGCUGGGUGGGUGGUGGUUAGAUGACUCUGAUGGAUGAUUCUGAUGCAUGAGCAAGAACAAAUUCCACCAAUUGUGUGUGAAACAGCCUUGUAAAAUGUGGUGGCGUGAUCAGUGGCAGCUGGGAGCUGAUGGUGCUUGACAGGCAAGGCAAAUGCUUGUUUCCUGAUAUCCAGCAGAGAUUUAAAUGUGGAACCUAAUUAUACUGGGAGCCUACAAGUGAUGAGGCUCCCUGAGCAUUUCAUACCCGGGCUGGAUUGGUGGUGCUACCAAGGAGGGGCUGGAUUUCUGCAAGUGCUUUCCAUCCCAGCUCCACAGAAACCUCUGAGCUUUCUGGCUCUGAAGAGUCUGUAAAAUGUGCAAAGUUUGAAUAUUCCCCCCUUUUUUUUUAUUUUUAUUUUUUUCCCCCAAACACCUACAUGCCCUGAAGGACAGAGAGCUGCAGUGCCUGACUGGCAGUCCCAGCCUGAGCACAGCACAGGUCACUCACAGCUGUGGCAUGAAGAACCUGCCAUCCUUCAGUGUUCCCACUGCCAGUCCUGUAGGCAGCUCCUCUGCCACAGCAGUGUCACCCUUCUCCUCCUCUGGAAAAAGGAAAAAUACUCAUAAACUCUUCUGAAAAAAGCCAAAACAGCGCAAAUCUUGCCUGUGUCUGUUUUUAAAUAAAAGAAAAAUCAUCUGGA